AUGCUUAGCCCAGCAGCGCGUCGCACCAUGAUCUCUCGAAUGGCCACCACUUACAGCGGCAGCAAUAGUGUCCCUGCCUCCUACCGGUGUUAUACUCUGAUUCCAUCCACUCCGCAACAAGGACCACAAGCACAAGCACAGCCAAUGAUCAGCAGGGAAGAGGACCAUCCCAAUCCCAUUCAUGCACUGUACAACACUGAGAAUCAAUCCAUGCUCGAUGCCUCUACUGCACAUGCUGCUUCAGGUAGCCACUCUGCUCCUCAACACGAUGCUGCUUCGGAUGUAUUUGGAUCUUCUGCGGACACUUUUAGUCCUACCUUUAAUACAGUUUUUGAUGAAUAA